CGCCCCCGGGCCGCCGCCGCCCCCCGCCGCCGCCCCCCGCCCCGCUGCCGGCGGAGCCAUGCGCCCCGCGCCGCUGCUCGGGCUCCUGCUCUGGGCGCCGCUGCUCUGGGCGCCGCCGCCGCCGGUGCGCGGCCUCCGACACGGCGUCCACUGGAACGGGAGCAACCCCAGGUUCCUGCGGGACGACUACGCCAUCCAGGUGUCCAUCAAUGACUACCUGGACAUCUACUGCCCGCACUACGAGGCAGCGGUGCCCGCCGGCCGGGCAGAGACCUUCACGCUCUUCAUGGUGGACCGCGAGGGCUAUCGCGGCUGCUACGAGACGCCCGGGGCCUUCAAGCGCUGGGAGUGCAACCGGCCCCACGCGCCCUUCGGGCCCGUCCGCUUCUCGGAGAAGAUCCAGCGCUUCACGCCCUUCUCGCUCGGCUUCGAGUUCCAGCCAGGGGAGACCUACUACUACAUCUCCGUGCCCAGCCCCGAGAGCGCCGGGCGCUGCCUGAAGCUGCGAGUCUCCGUCUGCUGCAAGGCCACGACGCCGAAGCCGGCGACGGAGGUCCCCAACUCUCAGCCUCACGGGCGAGGGGGGCCGGAGGACGUGGUGCUGCCCGGGCGCAGUGCGGCCCCGGCCUCGCUCCGGCCCCACACCCCGUGCCUGGCUCCCGUGCUCCUCGCCCUGCUCUGGAUCUGACCCCGGCGCCCGCGGGCAGCGGACGGGCUCCUCCGCGAUACCGGACACUUGCAAACGUUCCUGUCCCACCGCGAUCCCACCGGGAGGCUGAGCCCGGGCCCCCCCGGACCAUGACUCGCCACUGGACCCCACGGAGCCCAGCCGGGGCCAGGAGCUCCUGGCGGGAAGGGACCUUGCUUCACUGCCGACGUCCCCGAGCACCGGCCCCGACAGCUGCCAGCCCCGGCGCUGCGCUUCCUGCGGCUCCUGCGGUGUCUGCGCUGCCCGGGGCUGCCGCCUCGCCCCGUGCCUUCCCCCGCAGACGCCCCGCUCUGCAGGGCCGACGGGGCCACCACGGCUCCAGGCACCCGUGGAGACCGACCGGAUCUCGUCCGCCCAGACGGAGCCCGGCCCCGGCAGCCCUGCGCGCCCUCGCCUCGUCCUCCAGCGAGGACACCGAUCUGUCUUCCGCGAAGACGCCCCCCCGUGCCGUUUACCCGUUCGUACAGUUUGGAUUUAAUCCCUGUUAGUGACUGAUCCAAGCAAUAUAGAGUUUGCAAGAUGG